AUGGGCCACCUGGGAUGGGCGAAGAGGGGCAUGCCUCGCGGCAAGGCCCGCGUGCCGUUCUACCAUGUGACGCUGCGGCCAGGCGACGGGCUCGCGGUGCCCAGCGCCCGCCCCAGCGGGGUGGUCUCCCGCGACAGCAGGCGCCUCGCCAUCAACGCCUUCUUUGAGCCGAAGUUCGGCAGGACCCUCUCGGCUGGGGUCGGUAUGGCCGGGGCCCUGCGGUGGGCGCAGCACGGGCCGCGGUCAUAG